GCAGUGGGCGGGGCUUUACCUCAGCUCGGCGGAGAGAGUCUAGUCUUCGCUGAGACUGAGGGGGAGUUAAAGACAGAAAGGGACGGGGGUUGCUCUCUAGAGAACGGAAUCUGCAUGCAAGGUGAUCUCUGGCUCUGUGGUGCUCCUCAGUCAUCAUGAAUGACUAGGCUCAGCUCUCCAAGGGAAAGAAAUGGCUUUUGUAAUAUCCCCACCCUACCACCUGGCAUGUGACCCCAGCUGCCUUUGAAGGACCUGUCAGCUGUUUAUGGGAACCAUCAACUUUUCUGCACUCUUGGGGAUUUAAAUUUUUUUUAACGCCACCUUUCCUUUUUGUAACCCCACUGUCGGGUCAAAGCAGCAGUGCUUUGCUAAAGUCUUUGGUUACAACAAGACCAUGGCAAACAACUCGUACAGUGGGGUGAAGAACUCCAUGAUGGAGGCCAAUCAUGAUGGAGAGUUUGGCUGCACACUCAAAGAACUGCGUUCCCUAAUGGAACUGAGAGGUGCUGAGGCGCUAAGCAAAGUGGGAGAAUCUUAUGGGGAUACUCAUGGACUCUGCAAUCGAUUAAAAACAUCACCUAUAGAUGGUCUAAGUGGACAGCCAGGGGACAUUGAGAAGCGGAAAACAGUGUUUGGACAAAAUUUUAUCCCACCCAAAAAACCCAAAACCUUCUUACAGUUAGUGUGGGAAGCACUACAGGAUGUCACACUAAUUAUCCUUGAAGUGGCAGCCRUCAUUUCACUAGGCCUUUCUUUUUAUAAACCACCAGAUGCUGAAAGAGACCAUUGUGGAAAAGCUGCUGGUGGCGUGGAGGAUGAAAACGAGUCAGAAGCAGGCUGGAUCGAGGGUGCCGCCAUUCUUCUGUCGGUCAUCUGUGUCGUGCUGGUGACGGCAUUCAAUGACUGGAGUAAAGAGAAGCAGUUUAGGGGCCUCCAGAGCCGCAUUGAGCAGGAACAGAAAUUUAGUGUUGUCCGUGGAGGACAAGUUAUUCAAAUUCCCGUGGCUGAGAUUGUGGUUGGCGACGUAGCACAAAUAAAAUACGGUGACCUCUUACCUGCUGAUGGAGUUCUUAUACAAGGGAAUGAUCUAAAAAUUGAUGAGAGCUCGCUCACAGGGGAGUCYGACCAUGUCAAGAAAACACUAGAAAAAGAUCCAAUGCUGUUAUCAGGCACCCAUGUAAUGGAAGGCUCAGGGAAAAUGGUGGUCACUGCUGUGGGUGUCAACUCUCAAACUGGAAUUAUAUUCACUUUACUUGGGAGUGGCGAAGAUGAUGACGACGACGAAGAGGAAAAGAAAAAGGAAAAAGAGGAGAAGAAAAAACAGAGAAAAAACAAAAAGCAAGAUGGAUCUGUGGAAAAUCGUAAAAAAGCUAAAGCACAGGAUGGAGCUGCAAUGGAAAUGCAACCUUUGAACAGCGAUGAGGGAGCAGAGGCAGAGGAGAAGAAGAAGACAAACCUGCCAAAGAAAGAAAAAUCUGUUCUCCAAGGCAAACUGACCAAACUAGCAGUACAAAUUGGCAAAGCGGGACUGGUCAUGUCGGCCAUCACUGUUAUCAUCUUGGUGGUGCGGUUUGUAAUAGACACCUUCUGGGUCCAGAAUUUGCCCUGGAUCCAAGACUGCACACCAGUUUACAUUCAGUUCUUUGUGAAAUUCUUCAUCAUUGGCGUCACUGUUCUUGUGGUAGCUGUUCCUGAAGGCUUGCCACUUGCUGUAACAAUCUCCCUGGCAUACUCGGUCAAGAAAAUGAUGAACGAUAACAACCUCGUGCGUCACUUGGAUGCCUGCGAGACUAUGGGCAAUGCUACAGCUAUCUGCUCUGACAAGACUGGCACUCUCACCAUGAAUCGCAUGACUGUGGUACAGGCCUUCGUUGCUGAAAAGCACUACAAGAAGGUCCCUGAACCGGAAAACAUCCCCUCCUCCACGUUAGACAUCCUGAUUCUGGGCAUUGCAGUUAACUGCGCCUACACUACUAAGAUUAUGCCUCCAGAAAAAGAAGGGGGGCUGCCUAAUCAAGUGGGUAACAAAACCGAAUGUGCCUUGCUUGGCUUUGCUGUUGACUUGAGACGUGACUACCAGGCUAUUCGCAGUGAAAUCACAGAGGAAAAACUGUACAAAGUCUACACCUUCAACUCGGUCCGCAAAUCUAUGAGCACUGUGUUGAAGAUGGCUGACGGCAGCUAUCGUAUGUUCAGCAAAGGAGCCUCUGAAAUUCUCUUAAAAAAGUGCUAUAAAAUCCUCACAGCAAACGGCGAGCCAAAGGUGUUCCGCCCCCGGGACCGAGAGGACAUGGUGAAGAAAGUGAUUGAACCCAUGGCCUCGGAGGGCCUGAGGACCAUCUGCCUUGCGUACAGAGACUUUCCUGCCUCUGACGGUGAACCUGACUGGGACAACGAAAAUGAUAUCCUAACUGGAUUGACCUGCAUCUGUGUGGUGGGCAUUGAGGACCCUGUUAGACCAGAGGUCCCAGAUGCCAUCAGGAAAUGCCAGCAUGCUGGGAUCACAGUGCGGAUGGUGACAGGAGAUAACAUUAACACAGCUCGCGCCAUCGCCACCAAGUGUGGCAUUCUGCAGCCUGGAGACGAUUUCAUCUGCCUGGAAGGAAAAGAGUUCAAUCGCAGGAUUCGCAAUGAAAAAGGAGAGAUCGAGCAAGAACGCAUUGACAAGAUUUGGCCCAAACUACGAGUACUGGCUCGAUCGUCUCCCACAGACAAACACACUUUAGUUAAAGGUAUUAUUGACAGCACAGUAGCUGAACAGAGACAAGUGGUCGCAGUGACAGGAGAUGGUACAAAUGAUGGUCCUGCCUUGAAGAAAGCCGAUGUUGGCUUUGCCAUGGGUAUUGCUGGGACUGAUGUUGCCAAAGAAGCAUCUGACAUCAUUCUGACGGAUGACAACUUCUCCAGCAUCGUCAAAGCAGUCAUGUGGGGACGAAAUGUUUACGACAGCAUCUCCAAGUUCCUGCAGUUUCAGCUAACGGUCAAUGUGGUGGCUGUCAUUGUAGCGUUUACAGGAGCCUGCAUCACACAGGACUCUCCACUGAAAGCAGUUCAGAUGUUAUGGGUCAACCUUAUUAUGGACACAUUUGCUUCAUUAGCUUUGGCAACAGAGCCCCCCACAGAAUCCCUGCUGCUGAGGAAGCCUUAUGGCCGUAACAAGCCUCUUAUAUCCCGCACCAUGAUGAAGAAUAUUCUGGGUCAUGGCGUGUACCAGCUAAUCAUCACCUUUACUCUGCUUUUUGCUGGAGAGAGGCUGUUUGACAUCGACAGCGGCAGGAACGCACCACUCCACGCCCCACCGUCUGAACACUACACAAUAGUUUUUAAUACCUUUGUAAUGAUGCAGCUCUUCAACGAGAUCAACGCCCGCAAGAUCCACGGAGAACGAAACGUUUUUGAGGGCAUUUUCAACAACCCUGUCUUUUGCAGUAUAGUUUUUGGUACCUUUGUUGUCCAGAUAGUUAUAGUGCAGUUUGGAGGAACACCUUUCAGCUGYGUGGCUCUGACCAUUGACCAGUGGUUGUGGUGCACUUUUCUAGGCUUUGGCUCUCUGCUAUGGGGACAGGUUAUCUCUUCAAUACCCACCAGUCGCUUAAAAUUCCUGAAAACGGCAGGCCAUGGCACCCAGAAGGAGGAGAUCCCGGAUGAAGAACUGGAGGAGCUGGAAGACAUGGACGAGAUUGACCAUGCUGAGCGGGAGCUCCGCCGAGGCCAGAUCCUCUGGUUCCGAGGUCUCAACCGCAUCCAAACUCAGAUGGAUGUAGUGAGUGCGUUCCAGAGUGGAACUUCCUUUCAGGGGGCUCUAAGGCGGCAAGCCUCCAACUCCAGCCAACAACAGCACGAUGUAACCAAUGUUUCUAGCCCUACACAUAUCCGGGUGGUGAAAGCAUUCCGCAGCUCCAUCUCCCUCUAUGAGGGGCUGGAGAAACCCGAGUCCAGAACGUCAAUUCACAACUUCAUGACCCACCCCGAGUUUCGAAUAGAGGACUCGGAGCCCCAGAUCCCCCUCAUAGACGACACGGACGCGGAGGACGACGCCCCCACCAAGCGCAACUCCGCCAGCCCCCGCAACACCACACCCACUCCGCCUUCGCCCACGCCCUCGCCGGUCACCACCGCCGCCCCCAACACGCCCGUCUCCCUCUCCCCAAACCAGAACAAUAACGCUGUGGAGAGCAGCAACCACCUCCUUCCAGAGGGCCCCAAACCAGGAACCCUUUCGGCCCCGGGGAGCCCACUGCACAGCCUGGAGACCUCCCUUUGAUCCAGCACACGCUCCACACGUCAGCACCUCCUUUUCCCACCCGCCACCACGGAGCUCGGCUCAGACUGAAGGGACAAAYGUUGGGAGAGUGAAGACGAAGGGCUAGACUGAGAGCGGGGUCCUGUUAGAGCUUGGCAAACAUUCAGAGGAAUGUACGGCUUGGUGUGGAUUCUUUGGUCUUUGUUUUUCUCAUUAAUACCCUGCUGCAACACAAGGACUCGCUCUUCACCCCUCCCACCUCGGUAACUUUUCGUUUUUCUGGGUUCCAAGGGGUGACUAUGAACUCCGAUUGAAAGUGACCUGUUUUUAGCACUCUAAUAUUAUUGCUAUUAUUUGAAUUGAGAAGGGGAAGUCCUCCUCUGUGCAUGAGGACCGUCUAUAAGUCUAUGAACGAACCUUUUAGCUUCUCUUUUAUCUGAAUGGUGUUGUAUAUUUAUCUCUUUGAUCCUUGCUCAUUCAAGACUUAUUUCUGCUCCAUUGGCUGUUAAUAUUUUGAGUUAUUUAUGUUUAUGGAAAAAAGCAGGUCUGUUUACAAAGUUUGUAGAUACUUUUUUUUUCCUGUUUGUAGGCAAAAGAGCUUCCUGAUGUAUAAUGCAGACGACUGAGACAGAUUAUAAAUGAAUGAGUGGGUUAUUUCAGAUACUGCUGUAUUUUCAGGAAAAAAAGGGGUGUUUCUAUUGAAACUUAACUAUUUUUGCCUGCAAGUUUUAUUUGUUAUAUAUUUGUAGAUAAAUAUCGAACCUUCAGCCAAACUGAAACACAAAGGCUUGUAUAGAAAAGAGGUCCAAGGGACAAUGUGUUUUCGCAGGAGAGACAAGAAGACAAUAAUGGCCUCUGUCCACUAACAUCGCUAUAAAUAUUUACUUCUUCCAUUUGUUCGAUAGUUUCCAUGUGCACAAAACCUUCUGGAUUUCUAGACUCUUUUCACUCAUUAUGACGUGUUCAAAAAUUUCCACAUGUUGAAAGACUUUUUUUAUUUUAUWUUUUAUUUAAAGGGACUUUAGUAAAUAUCCAGGCCUGUACUUAGCAAGCAUCUCACUCAGUUGGAAGUUAGGGAGGAAACAAACUUUGACCUUGGACAGACGGUGAACGUCCUGAAGCCUCCUGCCGUUGCUUUCAGCAAGAAGAGGUUUUCCUUUUAGAUUUGUGUAACCUUUUAAAAGAAAAAAAAAACCAACAACAUCCUUUUGUAAUUACCAGUUCCUGUCAGAAGUGGCUGAUUUAAGCAGUAAAACGAACCGCUUCACUCGAAGAUGUACGAAAAGCUCACUUUAAAGCUUUAAAAAUCUAACUUUUUGUAGUCGAGUUGGAACUGGCGCUGUAUUGUGAGCUGCUCAGCCGCUUCAUCUAUUUUCAGUAAGAUGUUCAUAAAGACUAAACAUGAAUGUGCCUUGGCUACAAUAAUUUAAUGAUCCUGGUCCCGUCAUUCACCACCUUGAGGAGACUCCUUACAGAUGAAGCGCUCUUGUUUCUUAUUUCUACAGCUAAAAGCAGGACCAAAUAAGCUCAGCUUAGACUAAUUGGGUGGGUCUGGACACAUUUCCUUCCCUUUUGGAUGCUUGAUAAAUAUGGAUCCUGGUGGUUUCAAUAUCUUCCUAUCUUUUUUUUUGUUUUGUUUUAUUUAUUUCCUCUCUAACUAUUAGCCCCCUGCCAAUGUGCAAUACUGACAUUUAUUUACUCAGGCAAAAACUAAAUAAACUUAAAAGGAAUCCUUUUUUUAAAAAAAGCUCUUCAGACUCUCUUUUAUUGUGUAUUUAGGUAGCAAACGCAUGUCCUGAGCAAAAAGAAAGUCAAUUGUUUUCAUUUUCUUUAUGCUUGGAGACACAUUUUUACAUCACAUUUCUUUUUCUUGGAGUUUCUAAAAAAAAMCCUGAAAACCAGAAGGGAAAUAAAGCUUUUAUUUUUUGUUUGUUUUUUGUCUUCUCAAGCCUGUUCAUAAGAAUCCUUUCACUCUUAAUAAAUAUUUCUGCAUUUGGUUGGUUUGUAAAAUAUUUUUGAAACCUGAUGUACUGGAAAUGCUAAAGAUUGGAUGUGCUUUUUUUUUUUAAGAAUAGAAACUAGGCAUACACUGGUAUCUAUCUGCACAGGGUACUUUAUUUCAUAGUGUUCCUUGGGAGAAACCGAAUUUUGAUACAAAUCGAAAUAUACCUUUGUAUUUUUAUGACGACACUGAUGAGAUCUUUCAUCACACUAAAAGCUGUUGUGGAUGAUUAGACACCAAUAUUACGUGUGGAGAAGGRGAAGGGGUUCAGGCCACUAAAAUGCAUUUUGUUCUGGAAUAUUCAUCUCAGGGUGCAAUCGAUGUGAAAGAACAGGCCAGUUUUUGGCUUGUCUAGUAACACAGGUAAAAUUAAAGCUGGUGCUCGCCAACCACACGGGGUAACUCUGGCAGCGGGCUGCAAAUUCUUCGUGCAGUCACAUUGGCUGGCUUCGCCUGAAAGGCCAYGGGAGGAAGUGGAAUUCUUUCGGUCUCAACUUAUUCUGUAAAUAGUUUUGUUUUCCUUGUUUUACAGUUUAACAGGCUAGCCUACAAAAGUGAGAAGAUUGACGUCAUGAAAGGAAUCCAUGUGAGGAGUUUGUUCUGUAGCUUUCUUCCUGUUAUGGGAAUGAAUGUUUUCCAUCUGUUUUAUGGGUUAUUUUUUAUCUUUUAACAUUUGGAAAUAAAAAAAAAAGAUACUUCAUGUCUGUUUAUCUUGAGCAUUUUAAAUGGUUAUUGUGAUUGGAUUUACAUUUGAAACUUGUUGAGUAAUGUGUAUGGUUUUUAAAAAUAAAAAAAUGUAUUUAGCCUA